AUGCCGUUCGGUUUGAAGAAUGCAGGAGCAACAUACCAGCGACUCAUGAACAAAAUUUUUGAAAAACAAGUGGGUAAAUGCAUAGAGGUGCAUGUGGACGACAUGGUAAUUAAAUACCUCGCAUUGAAGCAACAUCUUGACCACUUAGAGGAGGUAUUCGGAGAAGCCAGAAAGCAUGGUAUGAGGUUUUAUCCUGAAAAAUGCACAUUUGGUGUAAUUGGCGGUAAAUUCUUGGGUUUCAUGUUGUCUAAAAGGGGGAUUGAGGCAAACCCCGACAAAUGUAGAGCCAUCAUCGACAUGGCCAGCCCUCGAAAUGUCAAGGACGUUCAACAACUGACCGGGCGGAUUGCAGCCCUCGCUAGAUUCUUGCCAAUAAUGGCAGAAAGUGGAGCUGGGGUCAUUCUUGAAGGACCGAAUGCAUUCGCCAUUGAACAAUCUAUCCGGUUUGAAUUUAAGGCAUCCAACAAUCAAGCUGAAUAUGAAGCUUUACUCGCCGGUCUCAGGCUAGCAAAGGAGAUGGGAGUUAAACGCAUUACUAGUUGGAGUGAUUCAAAAAUUGUAACCGAACAAGUUAACGAUACAUAUCAGGUUAGGGACUCGGUCAUGCUUAAAUAUUACCAGGAAUUCAAGAAAAUAAAGGCAGAGUUUGAGGAGGUAUGUAUUCGGUACACACCAAGAAACAUGAACGAACGAGCCGACAGGCUAGCUAGGCUGGCUAGCCAACGGAAACCAGGGCAGUUGCAGAGCGUGGUUCACCAAGAAAUCAUCCAACCCAGCAUCGCCAGACAAGAAUGCAUGGAUAUAGAAAAUUUAUCCCAUAAUUGGAUGACCCCACUCAUCCGGUACCUCACUGAUGGCAACUUACCAGAGGAUACAGCUUCAGCUAAGAAAAUAAAAGCACAUGCAGCCAAAUACCUUCUUCUCGGCAAAGAAUUGUAUCGAAGAGGAAUUUCAACCCCUAUGCUUAAAUGCCUAGACGACGAUCAAGCUAACUACGUCAUAAGAGAAAUCCAUGAAAGUAUUUGUGGUACCCAUUCGGAUGGACGAACUAUGGCAGCGAAAGUCCUCAGCGCCGGAUACUACUGGCCAACAAUAACUCAAGAUUGUCAUUUGUUUGUAAAACAAUACAUUCCCUGUCAACAACACGGUCCUCACCUGCAUCAACACGCCGAUACUGUUCGCCACAUUAGCUCUCCCUGGCCUUUUGCCAUUUGGGAAAUGGACCUCCUCGGUCCUUUCCUUUUAGCAAAAGGGCAAUGUAAAUUUCUCCUCGUCACCGUGGAUUAUUUCACCAAAUGGAUUGAGGCCGAACCCCUCGCCACCAUCACGGCUAACAACGUGAAGAAAUUCACUUGGAAAAACAUCAUUACACAGUUCGGCCUCCCUCAUGCACUAAUUACAGAUAAUGGGUUUCAAUUUACAGAUCGUCGAUUCAAUAAGUUUCUGGAAGGCCUGCAUAUCAAACACAGAGUUACAUCUGUUGAACAUCCUCAGACUAAUGGCCAGGCCGAGACCGCAAACAAAGUGAUCUUACAUGAAUUAAAAAGGAGGCUGGGUUCGGCAAAGGGAGAAUGGGCAGAGAAACUGCCCGAGAUAUUAUGGGCUUAUCGAUGCACGCCGCAAACCACAACAAAAGAAACUCCCUUUCGGCUUACCUAUGGUACUGAUGCCAGUAGAGAUUGGGGAACCCUCAUUCCGGAGGGAGAAUUUCGAAGAAUCGGCUAA